UAAAGGACCAUAAACCUUUACAAGGAAAACUCACCCAACUUCAUCUAUCUAUCUUAGCAAGGUUCGAGAGCUUCGUUGAGCAUGAAGACCAUCAUCGGCAGUGCAACUCCAGGCUUCGGAGGUGGAGUUAACUUUCACUCAACCCAGAAUCCUUUCCAAAGAACUGGCCCAAACCGCGUAAUAGAGAAGAUUGUCCUUAGUGAGUGGCUUGUGUACUACCGGAUCGACCUACCUGGUGUCAGCCGCGCUGAUAUGUUUGUUGAUCGUAACCAAUCAGACAAAUCUGUGAUUGUCCGCAACAAGCUACCACGUAGCAACCCAAACGGAAUCCCCGACUACGAAACCGUUGUUGAUCUCGAUUGCGAUUGCUGCCGGGUCAACUACAUCAGCCCUUUCGAAGAAGGCGCGGAAGAUGGUGUUUUGAGGUUUAUCCUCGGCAUGGAUAUAGAGCGCGAGUACCGAGGUGGCCUAGCAUACCACCAGCGGGUGUACAACACGGACCCUAAUGACAGGUUUUAUAAUCGUGAUAUGAUUCUGCCACACCCAUUCGUGUUGGCGUUCAACGAGCAACAGUAUGCUUAUGAAUUCGAUAAGGUCAACGCGGGCAUCAACGCCGGCGUCGCAACCGUCCGUUUGAACAUGCCAGGCGUUCCGGCAGACGAUUUUGAACUCGAAAUCCUUGAGGAUAGAGUGACUGUGAGAGGUGUAGCUCCCCAGCGCCACCACGACUCAGGCGGUCGCACGUACGAGGCAGUUGCUGCUUGGCUCGAAUCUCGUGACGGCGCACCUACCGCCGUUAAUGUGGAAAGGCAAGCGUCGCACGGCGUGAUGCGCCUCAUCAUCCGUCCAGCAGCAUAAUUGCUUUCAUCCUCAGUUUGUGUUUCUUUGCUGCACUCGCUCUAUCCUGCGUGUUUGUCGUUUUCCUUAUGUUUGCAGACGUUACGUCCUUUUCUAUGGUUUCCAUAGACUUGUUGCGUUUUAAUAAUAAUUCAGAACCCU